UACUGUGCGUUCAAAACUCGGGUUUUACUUGUGAAAGUGAUUGAAAAACUGUGCCAAUAUCAUUAUACCGUCGUUCGUAAUUUUAAAAUAGUUCUUUUAACGCCUGUAAUAGAGUAGUGAUUUUACGAUAUUUAAUGUUACCUCGCCCCAUUGUUUGUGGAAUUGUAAACGAGAAACGUGUUGAUGAAACAUGAAUGAAUAAUGUCUAAAAGUAAAAAGUAAUUACGUUAUUCAGUUUCAAGAUUAACUCCAGCGUAUCUGACUUGAGAGACUUGCUAUUGAUAAGCGAGAGACGCGAAAUUUUGAACUUAGGAAAUUUUGAAAGUAAACAUUAGAACUAAUAGAACUUAAUAGAAGUGAACAAUAGAAAGAAUAUCAACAAGACCAUGGUUAAUGGAUAUCAGAAAAAAUUAAGAUGGGCAUCAUUUGCUAUAUGUUAUAUCAUAUGGCAGCUUUCACUGCCUUCUGGAAUGGCAGCUCAUGAGUGGGAACUAAAGAUGAUUGGAGAUGCAUGCUCUUCAGAUGAAGAAUGUGCUGAUUUCUUCAGUGUUUGUGCAAAUGGCAUUUGCAGUUGUGAUACAGCUUAUCGCAAGAUGCACUUUUUUAGUGUCACUGCAUGUAAUGAGGAAAGGAAGCUGGGAGACUUGUGCACAUCAGAUAAAGCUUGUACAAUUCCACAUUCCCACUGUUUCAUGAACACUUGUGUUUGUAAAUCUGGUUAUAUUAAAGAGCUUCUUUCUACUCAGUAUUCGUGUACAAAAUAUGAAGUGGAAAAUCAUGAUAUUACAACUUUAGAAACUAACAGUUCUCCCAAAUUUGAACAUUUGAAACUUGGAUUUUCAAAGUGGCCAUUCAUUGCUGCCAUUGUGGUUGCCCUUUUAAUUUUAGCAAUAUGCAUAUACCUUUGUCUUCGGCGUCCUAGAAG